ACAGAUGGACACCGGGAAGGGGUUGCUCUUCCUGCAUCUCUGCGUGAUGCUCCAGCUGGCCCAAGGCGGGACCCCAGCCCUGCGCUUCGUGGCUCUGGGAGACUGGGGAGGGGUCCCCAAUGCCCCUUUCCACACGGCCAGAGAGAUGGCUAAUGCCAAGGAGAUCGCCCGGACAGUGAAAACUCUGGGUGCCGACUUCAUCCUGGCCUUGGGGGACAAUUUCUACUUCACAGGCGUUCACGAUGUCAAUGACAAGAGGUUCCAGGAGACCUUCGAGGAUGUAUUUUCGGACCCCGCCCUCCAGAAUGUGCCCUGGUACGUGCUGGCAGGAAACCACGACCACUUGGGCAAUGUCUCGGCCCAGAUCGCCUACACCAGGAUUUCCAAGCGCUGGCACUUCCCCAGCCUCUAUUACCGCCUUCGGGCCCGGGUCCCCCAGACCAACGUGACCGUGGCCAUCUUCAUGCUGGACACGGUGACCCUGUGCGGAAAUUCGGACGACUUCCUGGGCCAGCAGCCACAGCGACCCCGAGACCCCAAGCUGGCCCGCACGCAGCUGACGUGGCUGAAGCAGCAGCUGGCCGCGGCCCGCGAGGACUAUGUGCUGGUGGCCGGCCACUACCCCGUGUGGUCCAUCGCCGAGCACGGGCCCACCCACUGCCUGGUGAAGCAGCUGCUGCCGCUGCUGGCCAAGUACAAGGUCACCGCUUACCUGUGUGGCCACGACCACAACCUGCAGUUCUUGCAAGAUGAUGACGACAUAGGCUACAUUCUGAGCGGCGCUGGCAACUUCAUGGACCCCUCCAAGAAGCACCGGAGGAAGGUUCCAGAAGGUUUCCUACGCUUCCACUACGGUGAAGAGAACUCACUGGGUGGCUUCGUGCAUGUGGAAAUCAAUGCCAAGGAAAUGACCGUCACCUACAUCGAGGCGGCCGGCAAGUCCCUCUUCAAGACCCGGCUGCCCAGGCCAUCAAAGCGCAAGCGUUUCUAGGAAGAAGAGGCCCCCGGAUGCAGGACCUCCAUGCGGGAGAUUUGGGGGACCCCGGC